CACGCACCUAACGCCAGAUUUUCUCCGCGGCACGGCACGGCACGCCGAGCGGAGCGGAGCAUUCCCACACGCAUCCUCGACGAAAGAAUUGCUCUCCCAACCACCCCAAACCUCGCAACGACCUCCUCCAGCUCGGCAGCGCUGCUCAAUUAUUCAUUCCCUCGCAGCCGCUGACGUCGCCACCUUCCUCGCACAUGCCCGCUCGCGCCAUGUCCACCUUGAGAGCUUGAACACAUGAGGACGCCUUAUAGCGGUAGAGCAUCUUCUUCCUGGUCUGAAUGAUUAGGCCAGAAGGUCACGUGCUGCUUCGAUCCCUUCGCUGUAAUCUCCCCGUCCGGCCGGUGGCCAUGAAGUCGGCCACCUCGCUGCUCCUUGGCGCCGCGCUCGCCACGGCCUUCUUUCUCCUCUACACCUCCCUGUGCCGCAUCGACCUCGGUGCCGGAGGGCCACCCAGGUCGCCGCCACCCCUGUGGACGCAGCGAAAGGAGAAGGAGGAGAUCGCGGCCACCGCGAGGGGAGCCGCCGCCGCUGAUGAUCAGGAGGCGAGACCCGAGCAAGACGACGUUGCCAGGGAGGAGGUGGAGAGGAAGGAAGCGGUUGCAAAGAGUGAUGGUGGCGGUGGCAGAGACCUUGGCGCAAGAACAGAAGAGGAAAACCAGAAGCAGAUUGUGAUACCUGCAGCCGGAAGCCAGCAGCUUGAAGCAGAGGGGGGCGAUAUCUUGUGGUGCCUAGCCAUCCAGCCAUCGGUCCUUCCAGAAGCUUGCUUUGGCUCCAUUGGAAAAGACCCAGCAGGACCUGGCCGAUCUGCUCCGGCGAGCGGCGACGGCGGACAAGACGGUGCUGAUGACGGCGACCAACGAGGCGUGGGCGGCGCCGGGGUCGUUCCUCGACCUGUUCCUGGAGAGCUUCCGUCACGGCGAGGGCACCGCGCACCUGCCGCAGCACCUGCUCAUCGUGGCCAUGGACGGCAAGGCGUUCGAGAGGUGCAACGCCGUGCACCCCUACUGCUACUGGUUCCGGGUGGACGGCAUGGACUUCGCCGCCGAGCAGUCGUACAUGAAGGGCGACUACCUCGAGAUGAUGUGGCGGAGGAACAGGUUCCAGCAGACAAUCCUCGAGCUGGGGUACAGCUUCCUCUUCACGGACGUGGACAUCUUGUGGUUCCGGAGCCCGUUCCCGCGCCUCACCCCGUCGGCGCAGGUGGUGAUGUCGUCGGACUUCUUCGUCGGCGACCCCAACUCCCCAAACAACUACCCCAACGGCGGCCUCCUCUACGUCCGCUCCAGCGCCAGCACCGUGGGAUUCUACAAGCACUGGCAGGCGUCGCGGGCGCGGUUCCCGGGGAAGCACGAGCAGGACGUGUUCGACCGGAUCGUCAAGGAAGGCGUGCCGCCGCACGUCGGCACUCGGGUGCAGUUCCUCGACACCGCUGUCUUCGGCGGCUUCUGCCAGCACGGCAAGGACCUGGGCAUCGUGGUCACCAUGCACGCCAACUGCUGCGUCGGCCUGCAGAACAAGCUGUUCGACCUCAGGAACGUGCUCGAGGACUGGAAGACGUAUAGGGCGCGUCUCGCCGCCGGGAACGCUGAGGGCUUCUCGUGGAGGGUGCCCGGGAGAUGCAUACACUGAUGGAUUGGAUUCACGGAUUGAUUCUUUUGGUGGGAACGGAUGGGUGAACACUACUCUGUAUAUAUAAUGAGAAAUUCUACUAUUUAUCAUCAAAUAAUGUUCCAUUC